AUGGAAGAUGACACCCGCCCCACUCUGACAGUGUUGCCCCCCUCCAUUAAGGAGCUGGAGAAUGGGAAGGCCACAUUAACAUGUCUGGCCAACAAGGGCUUCCCCUCAGACUGGACUCUGUCCUGGAAGGUGGAUGGAAGAAGCAGCAGUGACGAGGAGGAGAGCAGGAGCCCUGGUGUGCUGCAGAGUGACGGCCUGUAUAGUUGGAGCAGCACCCUGAAGCUCUCUACAUACCAGUGGAUGAAGGAAAAGGAGCUGAUAAUGAGGGAGGUGAGAGGAGAAGGAGGCUUGAAGGGAGACAACAGGGUCUUUCUGAGCCAGAGCCCUAGCACGGAGGCGAAGCACCCCCGAACCCCAAGCCCCCACGCCUGCCCCGGAUCCACUCAGGGGCAGCCAGGCUACCAGGCCAAGUCAGAGAGCCGUGUCUCUCUACAGUCAGAGGUUUUUGUACGGCGGCUCAAUGAGUUUGUAUCACUGUGGUACACGUUCGGUGGAGGAACCAGACUGGAUGUUAACUUGGGUCGAGUCCCCCCCUCCCUGACCGUGCUGGCGCCCUCUAGUGAGGAGCUGCAGCAGGGGAAGGCUACAGUCAUGUGUGUGGCCAACAAGGGCUUCCCCUCAGACUGGAGGCUGUCCUGGAAGGUGGAUGGAAGAAGCAGCAGUGGAGAGGAGAGCAGGAGCCCCGGGGCGCUGCAGAAUGACGGCCACUACAGCUGGAGCAGCACCCUGAGGCUCCCUGCAGACCAGUGGGAGAAGGUGGGCUCUGUGACCUGUGAGGCCACCCAGGGCUCCCACACUCCACUCUCACAGACUCUGAUGACAGACCAGUGUUCCCAGUCCUGAGCUGAGUCACUGGGACUCUGAUACUGGCUUUAGUCUGCAGCUUCUCUCAGUCUGCUCCCUCUGUGUCUGUAUUGCUUUGAUAGUUUUCAUGUUUUCAUGCUUGUGGCACUGUUGAUGGUUUUAAUACUUCAAAUAAAAACUGAGGUCUUCAAA